AUGGAUCCCAACAACAACAACCGACUCCACCUGAAUUUCGGGUACAAUGAUCGUGGUUUCAAUGCGGCGGCGGCCAACAACCGCGCCUAUCCCACUACCCCCUCCGCCUUCCCCCAGCCGAUCUACCAAAACCAGGGUCCCCAGGAUUACAUGGACGCCCAGAACGGUGCCUACGCUCAAGGUGGUUAUUUCAUGGCCAAUCCUUACCAAGCUCAGGCAGCCUACGGCCAGCCGCAUUAUGGCCAGAACCUGCAAUCCCCUCAGCCCGCCUACCAAUCCCGCAUGGGUUACAGCGCGAACGAUGGCACCAACGGUUUGAUCCAGCAGUUCUCGAACCAGGAUCUGAACUCCCCUCGCUCGGGUUUCUUUGCUCGUUCUGCCUCGCCAGCCCAGCGACCCCGAACUGCCGGCUCCCCCGCCCCCGGGCAGCAACAGCCAGGCCACCUGGCGCCUCCUAUGCCUCGUAGCCCUCGCACCCCCGCGGAGAACGAAGAGUUGCAGCGGUACCCGGAACGUUACUCGGAGAAUGUUCACAAGCGUGGCAAGGCAGCCAAGGAGCUGGUCAGCGUCUUCUUCAAUGAGAACAUUGAGCGCGCACGCGAUCGCAACAUGCGGUCUGCUGAGCUGGACAAGAUGAUCCGUGAACCCAGUAUUCCCAAGGAGAACAAGUGCAAGGACGCAGAGGUGCUUGCUAAGAAGGAAUCGAAUUUCCUCCGGUUCCUUCGCACCAAGGAGACCCCGCAGAACUUCCAGACCAUCAAGAUCAUCGGAAAGGGCGCGUUUGGUGAAGUGAAGCUGGUACAACGGAAGACCGAUGGCAAGAUUUACGCACUGAAGUCGUUGAUCAAAACGGAGAUGUUCAAGAAGGACCAGCUGGCUCACGUUCGCGCGGAACGUGAUAUCCUUGCUGAUUCCAAGGACAACCCGUGGUUGGUGAAGCUGCAUGCUUCUUUCCAGGACACUGCCUACUUGUAUUUGCUGAUGGACUUCUUGCCUGGUGGUGACUUGAUGACCAUGUUGAUCAAGUACGAGAUCUUCUCCGAGGAUAUUACUCGGUUCUAUAUGGCCGAAAUUGUCAUGGCGAUCGAGGCUGUUCACAAGCUCGGCUUCCUUCACCGUGAUAUCAAGCCUGAUAACAUCCUUCUGGAUCGCGGUGGUCACGUCAAGCUGACGGACUUUGGUCUGUCCACGGGAGGAAAGAAGACCCACGACAACUCCUACUAUCAGAAUCUGCUGAAGAACUCGACGUCAAAGGACAAGAACCGCAACUCUGGUUACUUUAACGAUGCGAUCAACCUGACAGUCUCCAACCGUGGCCAGAUCAACACCUGGAGAAAGUCUCGUCGUGCAAUGGCAUACUCGACGGUCGGAACUCCGGACUAUAUCGCCCCCGAGAUCUUCAACGGCCAAGGAUACACCUACCUGUGCGAUUGGUGGUCUGUAGGUGCUAUCAUGUUCGAGUGCCUUGUGGGUUGGCCCCCGUUCUGCGCGGAAGACACCACCGACACCUACCGCAAGAUUGUGAACUGGAGAGAAUGCUUGUACUUCCCCGAGGAACUUACCCUUUCGCGCGAUUCCGAGGGUCUCAUCCGAAGCUUCCUCUGCGACGCAGAACACCGUAUCGGAAGCGAUGGCGGCCAAUUCGGCGGCGCAACGCAGAUCAAGAACCACCCCUUCUUCCGCGGCGUCGUUUGGGAGCAACUGCGCAGCAUCCGCGCGCCGUUCGAACCAAGAUUGAGCUCGAACAUUGACGUGUCGUACUUCCCGAUCGAUGAGAUUCCUCAGGAGGAUACGAGUGCCAUCCACCGCGCUCAGGCUCGCGCCAUGCCGGACGAGCAGGAGGCGGAGAUGAGCCUUCCAUUUAUCGGAUACACUUACAAAGCGUUCAACGCCUUCCAGGGAAAUUGA